UUCAAAUCCUCGUUUCAGUUGUGUUUCGUUCGUUUUAUUUAAAAGACCCCCAAGAAAUAAUAAUAGUGUGUGUGACGCUUUGUCAAAGGAAUCAAAAAGACUUCUUGAUUCAUGAAUGAUCCUUCUUGCUUCCCCCCCCAUCUUCUGUCACAGACAACAUACCUCUACAGACCAGAAUAUAAUAAUAAUUAAUACAAAGCUGAAUCAUAGAGCUGCAACUUGUAUAACAAUCUUCUUGUACUCUCUCCCCAUCUCUCUGCAGUUUGUCAUACCUGUCCAUUUCUCUAUCCAUAACAGUGGCAGCCACUGUAGAUCUUAGGCCAGAGAACAGAGAUCCUGGAGUGGUGAUGAGAGAAGUAGAUGAAGAUUUGGCUAUUUUCUUGGGGAUGGGGAAGUGUGAAAAGGGGAGGAUUGAGGACUCUGAUGAGUUUGAUGGUUCAACCGGUGGAAAGCCAAGACCUGAUAGCUCAUCGGUGCCAAAUGAAACGCAGCAGGAGACUGUUAAGACACUUUCUAAUGAUGGUUCUCUCAAUUUGGAGAUUGACAGGAGAGACCAUGAUUGGCUUCUCACGGAAGGAGACAUCUCUUUACUUCCUUCUGAAGAAGUGGAAGGACAACAAGAUUCAGCAGCAAAUCAGAGUGGAAUUUCAGAUGGUGAAAGCAUGUCUCUGAAAUCUGAGGUGGCAAAUACAUUUAAAGAAUCAGGACUAGAUUCUUCGGCAGCUGCAAAUGGAAGACCUUUUUCAGCAGGGAACCGAAAACCAACUCAUCGAGCAGCAACACCCACUAGACGACCAGCCUUGCCUGCAAAAUCAAAGCCCUUUUGUGCUUCCACAGUUACCUCAAGAGCCACAUUAUCUUCUUCUAAACCCACGCCUGCUCAAGCGAGAGCAUCGACUCCAUCCAGAGCUACAUCACGCACGAUACCAGGAUGUUCAAAGACUGCACCAAGAUCUGCUACACCUACACGCACACCACUAACUCCAUCGACCACAUCAACCGUAUCUGCCUCAGAUCACCCUUUGUCGGGAAGUAAAACAGGCUCCAUAAUGUUGAAAACUCGGGGGCCAUCACGUGGAACUUAUCAAUUGGUGAAGUCUAGGCCAUCAAAGCCCUCGCAGAUGCUCUCUUUGUCUCAUGAUGCUUCUCAAAAUCCAAAGGUAUCUAUGCCCAAAAGGCCUGCAUCUGCAUCCAGAGGAAGACCAAAAACUCUUGUGGCUACUAAUGGAAAACCAAGGCAAAAAUCGUGCUCUCCUGCCAAAGUACAUGCCCCUAGUGGUACUCUUCAUAAACUUGGGAAUUACAUAAUGUCAUCAAGAAGUCGAGGAUAUAGCAAUGGUGGUGGUGAUGAUGUUAACCCUGUACUGAUGGGAACGCAAAUGGUUGAAAGAGUUGUGAACAUGAGGAAACUAGCUCCACCCAAGCAAGAUGAGUGCAUUUCUAAUGACCAUCCCAAGAAACCUUCCCUGGGGAAUUCGGGUUUUGGAAGAUCACUCUCUAAAAAAUCACUAGACAUGGCCAUAAGGCACAUGGAUAUUAGACGAAGCAUUCCUGACAAUUUACGCCCGGUGGCAACUGCCAUUUUAUCUUCUUCUGUCUGUGACAUUCAAUCUGGAUCUUCUAAGAGCAGUACAUCAAGCACUGACAGUUCCAACAGCAAUUGCAGUAACUCUUAUUUCCUCCACGGGAGACGGGCGGAUGACUGAAUUGUGGUGAGAGCCAGCACUCAGAACAUCUAAGAGAGAAACAAAGAAAAAACUAGUAGGUUGUAUGAGGACAUAUAUUAUUUUGAUGACGAUCCCUACCAAUAUUAGCCUGUUUACGACUCAGCUGUGUGUAAUUAUACUAAAACGAACUGAAGGGCUCCAUGUCCUCGUGCUUACAAGUAAUCAUUAACAUCCAACAUGGACAUAUUACCAUA